AUAUUAAGAAAUGAACCAGAAGGUGUCUACGGCUUUGGGUUGUAGAGUUCAAUGUGCUCUAAUCUAGAAUAGCGUCAUCGGAAUUUUAUCUGAGGUAAAUCAUUUUAAAUAGAUUAAAAUUGCCACAACUUAUAAUAUAAAUUAAAGACCUAUGACCUAUUUCCUUUUCUAUUUUGUGCAAUUUUUCAUCAUUGGCAACACGACUGGUACGUGGAAAUGGUAAGUAUUCAAUCUAAGUAGGGAAAGUAGUGUGAAAAUUGUGAUCGUUAUUUGACUGAGUUUUGUGACAUGUACUUAUAAACACGUUAGUUCAGUUCUCAGAGUAUAUCAUCGACAUUCAAAUGUACACAAUUUAAAAUCAAUAAAUAGUUUUAGAAUACAUCAGACAGGUAGCCAAUAUAUGGCCAACACAGACAAUUAGCCAAAAUAUGACCUGCAAACUCAUGUGAUCAUACCGACAUAAUGGAUAGCCGACAAACUAAUGUUCGUGGCAUUUGUAACGAGAAGACAGCUGUAAUGAAAAUAAAUGAUACACCCCACAUCAAGAGCUUUUUUUUAAAUAUUCAAGGAGGUGGGUGGGGGGGGGGAAUUUAGCAUCAAAAUAAACCUUGCAAGAAUCUAUUCUCCUUUAUAUUCCCCUUUAUUAUACUUGCUUUAAGCUUAUGUGUCUCUAGUUCAGGAAUAAACACAAAUUUAUAAACUUUAAAUAAAUAUAUCUCCGUAUUUUAUAAAUGAGGUCUAAAGAAACGUUUUUCAUAAUGUUAACAUAUUAUAGUUAUUGCACUCUUUCAUUAUGCCAGAUAUGCACCACAUUGGUUGUUGGUUUUCUCUUGAUUUUGGGGGUGGUGGACGGACAAAAUGAGUAAGUAGACAUCACCAGAUUUGAUAUUUUAAUCAAUCAGUUUUAGGAACGUUUCGCCCCCAAAAUAUGACAAUCUGUUUAUCAAAGUAUAGAAUUCGGAUUUCGCCUCUUAAUCAAAACUUGUGUUCCAGUUUUUAACUCCUGAUAAUAUAAGGCAAAAAAAUUAUCUUAUAAAAGUUCUAUUCAACAAAUUGUAAUACAGUAUGAUCAAUAUUACAAAAAUCUAUAUAUUUUUACCAAUAUUUGAACAUUGCUUAGAGGUUUGACCUAGAUUUAAGUAGUGAUAAUUUGUUAUCAGAAACAACUAGUUUAUGUUUACAAGAAGAUGAAAAUUAUGUUUUAAAAUUACAAUUCUUAAAUCUAAAAAUAAAUUAUAAAAUUCACUGUGAAUCCAGGAAUCUCGACAUGAUGGGACUCAUCAAUAUUUUAUACAUGAAGGCUGAUGAGAACGUGGACGGCAUGAUCACACCGCUGGAGCUGUCUAGGAUUUAUGAGUUUAUGGACACAGAUCGUACGUAACAUUAUACGGCAUACAUGUUUGUUAUAGAACGUAACAUUAUAUGGCAUACAUGUUUGUUAUAGAACGUACCAUUAUAUGGCAUAAAUUGUUUUUUAUAGAACGUAACAUUAUAUGGCAUACAUGUUUGUGAUAGAACGUAACAUUAUAUGGCAUGAAUUGUUUGUUAUAGAACGUAACAUUAUAUGGCAUAAAUUGUUUGUUAUAGAACGUAACAUUAUAUGGCAUAAAUUGUUCGUUAUAGAACGUAACAUUAUAUGACAUACAUGUUUGUUAUAGAACGUAACAUUAUAUGGCAUAAAUUGUUUGUUAUAGAACGUAACAUUAUAUGGCAUAAAUUGUUUGUUAUAGAACGUAACAUUAUAUGGCAUAAAUUGUUUGUUAUAGAACGUAACAUUAUAUGGCAUACAUGUUUGUUAUAGAACGUAACAUUAUAUGGCAUAAAUUGUUUAUUAUAAGAACGUAACAUUAUAUUGUAUACAUUGUUUGUUGUAGAACUAACAUUAUAUGACAUAAAUUGUUUAUUAUAGAACUGAAAAAUUGAGGGGGGGCAUAUAAUUCAUAUUAAAUAUGAUAAAUAAUUAUGUGUACCAGACGUACAUAAAAAGUAUCUUUUGCAUGCUUUGGUGUAGUGAUUAUACGUAAUGAUGUAGAAAAAUAAGAUAGCAUCUUUUUACAAUGGAUCGGGAUAUUUUGCGAGAAUAUCCGGUGGGUCUAAGUGUUAUUAAAAAAAGGGUUAACUUCUCGUUUUCUAUAAACAGCAGGAUGUUUUCUUACAUCCUAUCUGCCGGCCUUUAAAGAAUAGUCCUACAGAAGUCCUACAACCUAACCACCGGCAUUUAAACAAUAGGGCAGUUCUACACCAUGCCCGUCGCUCGUUAUUGAUUGAUUACUAAUAUAAUCGCCUCCGAACUCAAUUCAACCCUUUCUCCUGAGUUCAAGCGUAAACGCAUGACGUACGCUUGUUGACAGUUUUCCACCUCCCCCACCCCGCUUAGUGGACCUGCUAUUAAUAUUUAACAUAUUGGGGGAAGGUCGUUUUGAAAUUGAAACAGACACACCAGAAGCAAAUUGUAUAUUAGGGAUUGGUUGUUUUUUGGUUUUUUGCUGGCAUCCGUCCAUCACAAUGUGACGAUGGAGUGGGCUUCGGGGGACAAAAUCGACAAGGCCUGGGAUUAUUCUUCAAGGAUCAUAAGCUGGUUCCUUACAGCAAAUCGCCUCUCUCCACGCCUUGGAUAACCCAAGGGAACAUCAUUGGAUGAUACAGCUUGGCACCAGUGACGUCGCAGGAGUUGUCGGAAUGUUUUAUUCUAUCAAUGUUAUCCGCCUUUCGGGACUCCAGCUCCGGGUUUGAUUUCAGAGUUUCCUUCUCUUAGAUGAGUUGCCAUCCAAGGCUAACGGGUCCCAUCCACCCGGUUGCUGAACUCCAGACCACCAACUUUAAAUUUGCUCAGUUUAGACCACACGGCCACCCUGCACCCUUAUAUUAUGUUAAUCACAUGACCUACCAUAAGACCAGAAUAGAACAUGUGUAGUUUGACGUUUUGUUCUGACCGUUGUUUGUCCCAGGUGAUAACGUCGUCAGUAAAACUGAGUUCACCACUGUCUGGAGAGACCUGACACAGUACGACACCGAGGUGUCCGAGGCCUACUUCUUCCUCUCUGAUCUCGAUGGCAAUGGAGUGAUCGACAGAACAGACAACAAUAACAUCUUCGCCAGGUAAAUGUUAUCUUACAGCUUUCAGACCGAUGUUGUUGGUUGGUCGUAUGACGUCCUAAACUCCUUGGAUUUAUUUUAAAUGACGUCAUAACAACGUUGUUGUUCUUUUCGUUAUGAAACCAUAACAACGGUGGUAAUGACGUCAUACAAUUCUGGUUGGUUUAAUGACGUUUUACCUCUAUGAACUGUUGCAUUACCUACAUGGUAUGUUUCAUGACGUCAUAAAAAUGUUUGUGGUAAACCUGCCACAACAGCCUAUGUUACGAAGCCCAUGUCAAGAUGCAAACUCACGUUAAAAUUGUAAUCUUGUGUUGCAAUCCCAUUUUUUUUGUAACAAGCUCAGACUUGCAGACGGAAAUGUUCUAAUAGAUGAUGUCACGUGAUGUUAAAACAUGGGGGCACGAUCUAAGAGUUAGAUUCAUUGGAUAGACGGGGGGGGGGGAUAUUCUACAAUAUUGCAAGUAAAUUGGAAGGCUGCAAAUUUAACGAAUCGAUUAUAUGUACAUAUCUCAUUUUUUGUUAAGUAAAUAGUGGACAAAUUUAAAUGAUUCAACAUGAACUAUUGUGAAGAAAAGUAUCAGUUGUCUCUCGCACGACCUGGUUUAAAUACUAUCAGUGGCCCCUGCUGUAAUGUAGAUUAAAAUAUGUCAGUUGACGCUACCAAAAUAUAGCUUAUGUCCAGUCAGUGGUCCCUCCUAUAAUGUAGAUUAAAAUAUGUCAGUUGACGCUACCAAAAUAUAGUUUAUGUCCAAUCAGUGGUCCCUCCUAUAAUGUAGAUUAAAAUGUGUCAGUUGACGCUACCAAAAUAUAGAUUAUGUCCUGUUAGUGGUCCAUCCUGUAAUGAAAGUUAAGUGAUGUCAUUCUGUUACCCAGAAGAUUUCAAGUCUAAGGUCACACUUUCAUGAACAUAUUAUAAAUUUCUAGGUUCAGAUCUAACGUUAUCUGAUGCACACGUUUCUGUGGAAUAUUAUAAGGGAUGGGAUAUAACAUUUAAUGGGACAUGACAGUUGAUUUGACAUGACAUUAGAGGGUACACGGCAUUUGAUGGUGCAUGAUAUCUUGUUUGAUGUCAAGUCAAAUAAUAUGCUAUUCCAUAAGAUCAGAGUUCAGAUAGUACCAACUGAAUGGAGAAAGCAACCUUUACAUACUCUACAUCAUACACUGACCAAUGAUCGGUCAUUCUUGUUUUAUGCAGGUUUGAUCUGAAUGGAGAUGGCAUGGUCCAAGGUCCUGAAUUUGUGACGAAAUAUACUGAGGUAAGAUUUAAGUUACUUGAAAAUAUAUGGCGUAAAGUUACUUGUAAACAUAUGGGGUAAAGUAACUCGUAAUUAUAUGGAGUAAAUUUAUUUGUAAAUGUAUGAAGUAGAGUUACUUGUAAAUCUAUGGUGGAAAGGAAACUAAUACAACGGCUUAUUUCAAGAAAUUUUAAAAAGAUCAUCUUUGAAAAUAAAGUGUUUUCGUUAUCAAACCUAAAAUACUCCCUGCUGUAAUAUAUACAAGAUAUAAUUAUCUUGGUAUGGAGAUUUGGGGGGGGUGUGGGGGCAAUCCUUUGAAAAAAAAAUUUAAAAAAAUUCUUUUUAAAAAGAUCAUCUUUGAAAAUAAAGUGUUUUCGUUAUCAAACCUAAAAUACUCCCUGCUGUAAUAUAUACAAGAUAUAAUUAUCGUGGUAUGGAGAUUUGGGGGGGGGGGUGGGGGCAAUCCCUUUAAAAAAAAAUUUAAAAAAAUUCAAUCAUUCGUCAUGAUGUGACGAUGGUUUAGACUUUUAAGGACGAAAUCAGAAGGCCUGUGAGUUUUCUUUAGGAUGAUAAGCUGGUUCCCUCGACAGCCAACGCCUCUCUGUACGCACUCUGUACAACCCAAGGAAAAAACGUUACGUUUGUGAUACAGCUUGACACCAGUAGCGUAGCAGGAGUUGCCAGAAUUUUCACAGAGUCAAUGUCAUCUCCCUACUGCAAUCCGUCUCCGAGUUUAAAUUCAUAGUUUCCUUCUCUUGGAUGAGUAGCCGUCCGAGGUGAACAAGUCCCAUCCACCCAUGGUGAUGGUGAAGUUUUUGCUUGUCUGGGCUUUUUUUCAGUGAGUGAGCGCAUGUAUACCAGCUGGUUUUACUGCCUCGGUUCCGACUGCUCGGUCACCGAGACAUUGGUGGGCGGGGUACCCAAUAGCAGAACUGCAAAAGACAAAAUCUUUCCCUUGUGCUUCAGAUUUAAAUGAAAUAAAGUUGACAAAUUAAUCUAGAUGUUUUUAUAUUUUCCUUAUCUCGGGUAACUAAAAUUGAUCCUUUUGAAAUGGGGUCAUUUAAUGGAUCUUUUUUGUUAAAAUGUUAAUUGAUAAACGGCCUUAGAUUUGGCAUAGAUGAAUCGCUUUUUUAAAAUAAAACAUUGUUUAAUAUGUUGUAUUAAUUUUUAAAUAUGUUUGUGUUGAUGUGACUAGCUUAUUUAAAGGUGUGGGUCCAAUUACAAUACUUACAAAAUUUUUUAAACUUGACUUUUUAUAGGAGAAUAUUUCUUUUUGCUUUAUUGCUACUUGAGUGAAGUUUUUUUUUCCAGAGGAACCUAAAUUUAGGUGUACGCUGGUAACGCUUUAGAAGUUUUAUUUUCUCGAAUGCAAGCCCCAGUGAAGCCGGGUGUAUUUGCUAGUGCUAUAUAAUAUCUAAACCACAUAGUAAAUUUUGUGUCGACCUGGGAAUAUUUACAAUUUUAAGAAAAACCUUUAAUAAACAUUGAUCUAAUAGUAUGAUGGAAAUUAGUUAGCAAUCAUUGAAACAUUAUUACAUUAAGACUGUAAUAUAUAAAAAUUAGUUAAAACAAAGCUUUGUCUGCCUAAAAGAAGAACACAGAGUCAUGACUGCUCGAACAUCGGAACACAUUUCUGUGUGGGAACAGCAGGAUGUGUGUGCAUUAACCCCAGAUUAUCAAAAACAUGUUUUAUUACAUGUUUUUAUUUUUACAAAUAUGUAUUUUGUCACAGAGUGAACUUGAGAAUGUCUAUACUGUAUAAAUGUCUAUACAGUAAAAAUCUCUAUACUGUAAAAAUGUCUUUAUAUCAAGUUACGAGUAUCAUUUAGUUCCCCGAAUAUUAAUCUCUUUUUGUAAAGAUUUCCCCCAGGUCAGUGGGAAUUUAUGCCAGCAUGUCGAUUAUAUGCCGAAUAUGUGUCACGUGAUUUUAUGGCAAAAAAGUGUCUAUUUUAUGCGUCUCUGGAUGCGUCUGUUUCUCAAGCUUCAACACUGUGACCCGCCCCUCUUUUUCCACCCCCACACGACCCCACACGCACAGACACCCACAGACACACACACACCACUCGGCAUUUUUGUUCACAAAAGACUCAGGCGCCAAUCUUCACAUUUUUAUAUACGAAGAAUAAUUUAAAGCAAGAUGAUGUAUGAACGAAUAAGUACGUUAAAUUCCUGCAACUAAAAUUUCGAAUAAAGAUUCAAAGAAGAUUCUUGCUCAUUAGAAACGUUCAUUCCAGAAAGUUUUAAUUUUGUAAUAGAGAAAGUGCAACAUUUUACUUCGUACAAACGUUUACUGUUUUUUUUUAAACCUAUCUCUGUGCAAAUGUACAUCUUAAUAGACUCUCGGAACAAAUGAAUCAGAAAUUUUGAGAAACUUGUAAUAUUUCAUUUACUUUGCUGGUGCUUCUGAUUUCGGUUUGGUCUGGUGGUCUCCAGAUUUUUUUGUGUUCUUCUGUUGGCCUAGCAGUGCAUUGUAUUCUUCUCCUGGUUGUCAUCUUAGAACUUCACUUUUUCACCAUCACUUCUACCGCAAAUGUACCGGUUAACAUAUCACUGGCUUCAUGUGAAGAUUUGAUUCCUUCGUUAAACUACAGAUCGGAGGUCGCCUCACAUUUUUUUUUACCGUGGGCCGGAUAACGGAAAAAAAUGACGAGCGUGGGCCUGAUAAUCAUUCUGUACAAUACGUGCAAGCCAGAACGAACGCUCUAGGAAAAAAAGGCAAAAAACUAAGUUUAGUGUUCCAUGUUAAUCAUUGGUGAGUGGCGUGCAAUGCAAAGGGGAAAAAAAAGCAAAGCAACCAACAUACUUAUUUACUAAAAAAGUACCCCAAAAAAGGCGACUUUAGCAAAAAUAUAAUUACGUCAGAUCUAGUGCGCACAUAUCCGAAUCUCACAAACUAAGCAGCAAAAAAGUUUAAUGAGAUUUGUGAAACUGACAUUUGGCUUUCAAGAAAGCAUCACUGUUUGGUUUGGAAUUGCUGUCGCCAAUCAAAUGGAUUGUUUUCAAAUGUUCAGCAAUCCCUCUCGUUUGAUGUGUUGCUUCACAUAUUUUAUCUUUUGAAAAUGUUUGCUCACAGACAUAAGUUGUUACAACCAUGCUGCAAACGGACGUCAACUCCUCCGAGCUCUGCAAGUCCAAAUUGACACCACAAAUAAACACGAGAAGUUGUGAGAGAUCAGUAGACACAUUCAGUGUUCAUACAGCAAGUUCAUACCUUUCUCACGUGUCUUUAGCACCAUGUUAACUUCAAAUUCGUCUGUUCUCCGCACAACUGAACUUGCCGACUAGGAUUUUUAAUGUCCACGUGUGUUUCCAACACUCCUCUUUCUUUUACCCGUUUACAGGUUGUUGUAGUUAUCAGACUGUAAUGUAUUAGCGGGAAUAAGAUUAAUGGAAUUACAUUCUUAUUUUAUAGUUUUUUUUUAAACCAGCUUUUCCAAAAUAGAGCAACCUCAGGUUACUUGGUAGGUAUUUUCAAUGAUGUCAUCAUUUGUUGAUUAAUUCUUAUUUAAAUACAUCUUGUUUAAUGCUGAUCUGAGUUCGAGUUUGAACCACGUUAAAUUUCACAAGUAACUUUAUCUUUACCAGUGAUAGACUGUGAUGAUGAUGUGACCUGUACGUCCACUCAAUAUAAAUUAAUAUAUAUAGCAAAUACACGUCAGCAAAUCAAAUUGACCGUAUAUUGAAAUAUAAACAUCGGUCAUCUACUUUUAGCAGAUAACUUUUUUUGCGUCAGCUUAACCCAAUCCCAAUAAGCACUGCGAUGCAAGUAAUUAGUUAAUUCAUAAACUUACAUUACUGUAUAUUUAUUAAUUUAAUAUUAAGAUGUAGUAUUGUACAAUUUUGAGACGAUAGUGUACGAUUUUAGGUUUUCGAGGGUAAAAAGUUCUGUAAUAGAGAAGAAAAUCUAGAUAGAAUAAUUGAAAAUUGUAAAUUAAAGGCGCAUAGCAGCCAGGAGGUCUACGCACGUGCGCAUAUCUCCUAGUAUUCUAAAAGUAAUAUUGACAUUUAAAUUGUAUCACAACGUCUCGUGUUCCCUAUGUUUCAUCAAGCAAGUUCAAGUACCGUCGGCGCGCCGGAUGAACAGGCCUCGUGCUACAGAUCAUUUGCUAGUCAACAUUAAGAACUUCAAAAACGAUCGAUAACUCUGCACAUAUAAAUAAGAGAAUAUGUAGGUCCUACCCCGUUACCUCCCUGCAUCAUCCGCUCGUUCUGCUGAUUCUGUUUCAUUCAUGAUUUGAUUAGAUAUUUCAAGUCUUUAUAAAAUCAUCUUUGUAAAACAAAUUAUUUUUUUUUUGUGGUGGUGAAGGGUGCGUUAUACAACAUUUUUUUACGUGGUUGUGAAGAUUGAGUUAUUAGAUAUUUAUUUUUCGUAAUGAAGAGUGAUGUAUACAAUAUAAUUUUAUAAUGUUUGGAUAUUUGGGUAACGGAGGGGGAAAUAACCUGUCUUGGAAAUGUCCUUGUUCAUUUUAACUACGACGGUAAUCUCUUUUUAUCCUAUAUGGCUUAUCAUGGGACACCAUCAAAUGUGAGAUGAUAUCACGUUUACCAUAGUUUCUUUUUAUCCUAUAUGGCUUAUCAUGGGACACCAUCAAAUGAAGAGAUGAUAUCACGUUUACCAUAGUUUCUUUUUAUCCUAUAUGGCUUAUCAUGGGACACCAUCAAAUGUGAGAUGAUAUCACGUUUACCAUAGUUUCAUACCAACUGAGCCCUAUAAUCAUAGCUGCCUACAAACUUUGUCCCAUUAUCCUAGCUGCCAACAAAAUGAGUCCUAUAAGCCUAGCUGACUACUAAUUGGGUCCUAUAAUUCUAGAUGCCUAACUCCUGUGCCCUAUUUAUUAUAGCUUCCUACCAACUGUGUCCUUUAGCCAUAGCUUCCUACCAAUUCUGCCCUAUUUCCAUUGCAUCCUACCAACCGUAUCCUAUUAUCCUAGCUUCCUACCAACUCUGUCCUACUGUAAUAGCUUACUAACAAUUGUGCCCUAUUAUGAUAGCUUCCUACCAACUGCGUCCUAAUUUCAUAGCUGCCUACCAACUGUGUCCUAAUAUUCUAGCUACCUACCAACUGUGUCCUAUGAUCCUAUCUGCUUAGCAACUGUGUCCUAUUGUUUAAAAAUCCAAACAAUUGUGUCUUUUAUCAUAGCUGCAUACCAAUUGUGUCCUAUUAUCAUAGCUGCCUACCGAGUCCUAUUAUCGUAGCUGCCUACCAACUGUGUCCAAUAUAUCACAGGUUUACCAUGAAGUCCCCUUCGUCAUACUGUUUGAAAGAGUGGAAAAGUCCAACAACAAUGACCAGCACUUGACCAGAUCAGAAUUCUCUCAGCUCUUCCGUUCCUUCACAGGUGCACGUAUUCUUUAGUUAGAUUGUAGAGGCAUUGAGUGAAAGAUUGGGAUCACCUUCGUAGUUAAACUGAAAGUACUUGUUGAUAGAAAAAGUAUAAGCUUCGCAACUGAAAGUACUUGUUGAUAGAAAAAGUAUAAGCUUCGCAACUGAAAGUACUUGUUGAUAGAAAAAGUAUAAGCUUCGCAACUGAAAGUACUUGUUGAUAGAAAAAGUAUAAGCUUCGCAACUGAAAGCAAAAACAACAUCAAGUAUUUAGGAAUUUUCAAUUGGAUUUUCAGGAAAAUUUUAACGAUUUAUCUUUAGGUUUGCAAUUAAAAAAUGAUUCACAACUAAUAAUUGUUGGGCAUGAUGGUAAGUAUGGUGUAACACUGAGUCCCAUUCCACGCAAAUUUAAAUUCAUAACUGCGUGAUAUUAAAUUCUUAAAAAAUACCUGCUAGCAGGUUCAGUUGGUGCGUAAUAGUUUCGUUUGUUUAAAAUGUGCAGUGUAAAUUGGGCGGGACAUUAGAAUAUUUAUAGAGCUCAGGAGCAUGAAAUAAGCUCAGGAGCAUGAAAUAAGCUCAGGAGCAUGAAAUAAGCUCAGGAGCAUGAAAUAAGCUCCGUUGACUUACCAGGUUGGCCCGGGAGUGGGGGGGGGGGAAAUAGAACUAAUUUGGAAUCGUAUAGUGCGUUGCUUGAAUGCAUGUUUUGUCAAUUAAAUUGAGUAGAUGUUAAGUUCACUCAUGGCUGCUUUCAGUGAAAGGCCGGCUAUUUCUAGUGUUGAUGUGAUGAGGCGGCGGUAAUCUCGUUGAAAUAAAAGUCAAAAGUGUCACGGUCUGAGUGUGUUAUGGGUAUUUGAUUCUAUCGGCGUUUGAUGUACAUCACGUUAAUACGGCCCUGAAGACAAUACAUAAGACUGUUUGGAAUUUCAGUUGGUGGCACAGUAAUAAAGGAGUCUUUCUUGAAGACGUGGGUCGACAGCAAGUUCGGAUCAGUCAAAGAUGCUGAGGAUGUGUUCACAUCUUUUGACGCCAACAACGAUGACGUCAUCAGUACAGCAGAAGUUGGUGCCAAGUUUACCGGUCUGGAUAAAAAUGGUUAGUACUGGUCCAAGUUACGCCAAUGGCACUUAUGAAAGUUACAAUAAAAUGCGCAAAUUACACCCAUGGCAUUUAAAAAAGUUGCAAUAAAUUAUAAUUUUACUAGUACAUGCUACAACAAAAAAAGCACUUGUUGAAUUUCUAAAAUGUUUUUAUAUUUGAGAAUUAAAAUUAGUUUGAAAAAUUAUUUGAGCCUUUUAGUCACUGAAAUAGGUUUGGUGCUAUUAGAGCAUAGAUAAUUUUUGGUGUUAUUAGAGCAUCGAUAAUAUUUGGUGCUCUUAGAGCAUAGAAAAUGUUUGGUGCUAUUAAAGCAUCUAUGUUUCGUGCUGUUAGAGCAUAGAAAAUGUUUGGUGCUAUUAGAGCAUAGAACAAUGUUUGAAACUUUUUUCUAAAAUAGUUUUUAUUAUCAGGAGUUACAAAAGUUGUAAAAAAUUAAACGGAAGGUGUACCAAAUAAAAAAUUGCCCAUUAUUUGGCUUUCUUUCAGGCAACGGAACAAUUGAAAUCCUGGAAGCGAUUGAGGUACGUGCUGGUAGAUAAAGACGCAAUGAAAUAAACCUCUAAUAUCACGGGGUGGUCAGACAACGUUCACAGUGACCACCCAUAUAAGAAUUCCCCCAGGAGCUUGACCUAUUCCAAUGGUUUGCCAAUUAUUAUAACUGGCUGUAAUUGUUGAUCUCAUGCCAUGAGUUUUAUGAAAAUAAUAAGCUGUUGUUCUUUGUAUAAAACAAAUACAAUUAUGUCAUGUG